CGGUGCGGAGCUGAGCAGGACGGCCGCCAUCUUGCGCGGAGCCGGAGUCGGAACCCGAGACUGAGGCUGCGAGUGCGCGCGAGCUGGCUGCCCAGUGUAGCCGGGGCCUAGCUGGAGCUUUCUCCCGUUGCUUUUCCGCGCCCGGCCCCUAACCCUCGGCCUGGUCCGGCCUCCCCGCGGGGUCACGCGGUCGCCCCGGGGACGAUGAACGGAGGAUAAAUGGUGCCCAAGGCAGACAGCGGUGCCUUCUUGCUGCUCUUCCUGCUCGUGCUCACCGUCACCGAGCCGCUGCGGCCAGAGCUGCGGUGCAACCCAGGGCAGUUUGCCUGUCGCAGUGGCGCCAUCCAGUGCAUCCCCCUCCCCUGGCAGUGUGACGGCUGGGUGACUUGUGAGGAUGAGAGCGAUGAAGCCGACUGUCCAGUGACCGGGGAGUCUCGUCCUUACCAUGGGAAGGAGGCUGUGGAUCCGAGGCCAGGCCGGACCCGAGGCAGCGACCCCAAGCACUUCCACGCGGUGAACGUGGCACAGCCUGUGCGCUUCAGCAGUUUCCUAGGGAAAUGCCCGACAGGAUGGCACCACUAUGAAGGCACGGCCAGCUGCUACCGGGUCUACCUGAGUGGAGAGAACUACUGGGAUGCCGCGCAGACCUGCCAGCGUGUCAACGGUUCCCUCGCCACCUUCUCCACCGACCAGGAGCUGCGCUUCGUCCUGGCCCAGGAAUGGGACCAGCCAGAACGGAGCUUCGCUUGGCAGGACCAACACAAGUUGUGGGUUGGCUACCAGUAUGUCAUCACCAGCCGGAACCGCUCCUUAGAAGGCCGCUGGGAGGUAGCGUUCAAGGGUUCCUCAGAAGUGUUCCUGCCGCCAGACCCCAUCUUCGCCUCGGCCAUGUCGGAAAGUGACAACGUGUUCUGCGCCCAACUCCAGUGCUUCCACUUUCCCACCCUCCGCCACCACGACCUGCACAGCUGGCAUGCGGAGAACUGCUACGAGAAGUCUUCAUUUCUCUGUAAAAGAAGUCAAACAUGUGUUGACAUCAAGGACAACGUAGUGGAUGAAGGGUUCUAUUUCACCCCCAAAGGAGACGACCCAUGCCUGAGCUGCACCUGCCACGGUGGGGAGCCUGAGAUGUGUGUGGCUGCUCUCUGUGAGAGGCCCCAGGGCUGCCAGCAGUACCGCAAGGACCCCAAGGAGUGCUGCAAGUUCAUGUGCCUGGACCCAGAUGGCAACAGCCUAUUCGACUCCAUGGCCAGUGGGAUGCGUCUGAUUGUUAGCUGCAUCUCCUCCUUCCUCAUCCUGUCGCUGCUGCUUUUCAUGGUCCAUCGGCUUCGCCAGAGGCGCCGGGAGCGCAUUGAGUCCCUGAUUGGAGCAAACUUGCACCACUUCAACCUUGGCCGGAGGAUCCCUGGCUUUGAUUACGGCCCAGACGGGUUUGGCACCGGCCUCACACCACUACACCUUUCUGACGACGGAGAAGGCGGCACGUUCCACUUCCACGACCCUCCUCCUCCCUAUACUGCAUACAAGUACCCAGACAUCGACCAGCCUGAUGAUCCACCGCCGCCCUAUGAGGCCUCCAUUAACCCCGACAGCGUGUUCUACGAUCCUGCAGACAAUGAUGCCUUUGAGCCAGCAGAGGCCAGGCCGCAGACCCCCGGGGAUGGUGGCGGUGAAGGUGCAUCACCCCGGCGCUUAGAGCACCCUGUGCCCGCCGCAGGGACCUCUCUGGCAGACCUGGAAGACUCAGCCGACAGCAGCAGUGCCCUGCUUGUGCCCCCUGACCCUACACAGAGUGGGAGCACCCCAGCCACAGAGGCACUGCCCAGGGGUGGCCGCCACAGCCGCAAUUCCCUCAAUACAGUGGUAUAGAGGAUGGCCCAGCCCACGGGCCCAAGGGGCAGAGAGCACCUUUUUGCUGACGAGAAAACACGAUCCCCAUGGGAGACUCAAGGGGCCCCCAAGUGAGCCUGGACCCAACUGCACUGCCGCACACCCACUGUUGGCGUGCAUGUGCGAGUAGACCACACUGGCCUCCCGAGGGAGUGAACGCCUGCACCGAGUCUCCUUGAGGGCUUCAUAAACAUGCUUAGCUUUGGGUCCCUGUCUUUUUCUUUCCAAGUGGCAGAAGAAUGGCGAAGUUUGUUCAGACCACACGUUUCAGAAGUAGGGAACAAAGAAGGUACUGUGGGCAUGGACAGGGGUCAGACUACACCCAGCUUUGGUGGGCCUGCUCGCUGCAGUGUGCUGUCCAGAGGAGCCUGCCAGCUGGCCCCUGGGCCCCGGGGCCCACCAUGUAUGCCUCGCAAGCUGCUGCUCAGAAGGGCCGCUCUCGGGCACCGCUGUGUUUGUGACUGUCAGUAUUGUCUGGCCAGUUGGUCUGCCUUAGGGUAGACGCCCUUGGAGGUUACUACAGUGGCUCCUUUGAGGAUGCCCCCUGCCCAGCCAUGAACAUCAGGGGUGACCCCUACCCUGGGCUGAAGGCUGACCUGGGCCUCCAGCACCCAAGGCCCUGAGAGGGGGUCUUGGAAGGAGGUUGAACCCUCCACUCUGUCUUUCCAGCUAGGUCUCUGUGAAGCCCAGUUCUGUGCCAGGAGGCCCUGGCCCCACCCUGUCAUUUUUCUCCCCAGCAUUGCUGUGCAUGGCACCCCCAGGAGGCAGCCCUGGAGCUGGGCCAAGGCCCCUAGCCAUGCAUGUGUGUUCUGGCCAUGGAUCCUCCUUUGGGGUUUGGGGGCUGAGCCAGCUCCUGUCUCCUACCCCCUGGAGCCCCCACUCCUAUUGAAUUUGCUCCUGGGUCUGACCUGCGCCCCCACCCCAUCUUGUUUGUGCCAUAAAGGGUUGUUUCUUUGGGGGGAGGGGUGGCUGAAAUUAAUGCCCUGGGCUGUGUCCAUCUCCCAAAAGUCCACUUGCGUACCACCACCACUGAGCGGAGUGCCCAGUGGCUGCAUGCCACCUUCCUGUCCUCAGCAGCUCUGGGAGCUGGGUUCCCUUCCCCAGGGGCCUUUUGACCAAGGGACCCUGUUGCCUGCUCCUGGGCAGUGGUCUUUUCUCCUUACACGGGGCUUUUAGCAUUUCUGAGGUUUGGAGAUUAAGCGGGUUCUGUGCGAUUUUUAGCACAUCCAUAUCUUUUCUACGUUGAAUGUCUGGAUCUUUUCUUUCUGUAUGUAUGCGUGUGUCUGUGUGUGUGUACAUAUGUGUCCAAGUUUUGCAGGUGGUGGCAGUACACCAGGAUUUGGCCAUGGAGCCCCAUUUUCCCAGGCCAGCCAUGGCAUCUUGGGUGGCACCAAGAUGUGGCCAGGUCUGCACCUCUGCCCCUUGACUAAGAGCAUGGAGCCCUGCUCUUGGUCCCCCUUGUAGCCUUUCCAGACCAGCACACAGUGAUGGGGGGGGGGGCGGGGGAGGCACAGUGACAAGUGGGUGCUUCUGUGGUGCUCUGUAGUGACAGACCUCGGUGGCACAGUCCAGUCCUUAGGCAUGUUCUCACACUCUGCCAUUGGAAACCCAUUGUGUUCUUCCAGUGUGGAAUGAGAAUUUUGAGUUGCCCCACAGAACUGUCAUCUCCUGAGCUGGCCAGAGGUGUGAAUUUUGAACUGCCCAUCCAGGCUCACAGGAUCCAGAUUGCUGGAGGCAGGACUCAGGCAGGUGGGCAGCAUGCCACACAGGCUUGAGCUCCCCUUGCCAUAGGGCUGAUACUUCGAGAAUGCACCCUGGGCACAUGUGUCCCCCACUGGCUGCUGAAGACAAAGCAGGAUGCGUGUUGUGCCUCCAGCGUGCUGGGCUCAGAGCAGCCAAGGUCCAGAGCAGCAGCCAUGGAUCUUACUGGUGCCAGGUGAGUGUCCUGAGCAUGUCUGCUUUGGAGUGACCACCCCAAUGGAGCACUUACGGGCCUGAUGUCAACAGCCGAGUGUCCUUCACAGCUUCCCUGUCUCUGGCCCAGGCCUCAGAACCAUGUGUUGAGGAACAGGGCAGUUGGCACAAGAUGUUUGGGACCCGGGAACUCCCUUUGGGGACCAAAGGACCACUGGGCCCAUUCAGGCAUGCAGGAGGCGAGGAGGUGGCCUGAAGCAUGGUGGGCCCGCUUCUGGACUGGCCAGGGUUCUGUCCCAGCACCAGGGCGAUCAGCCCACUGACAUCCUUGGGCUGCACAGACCUCCACGCCGUGUGUGCAGGAGCUGGUGCCCGAGAGCUGAGCUCUGCUGGAGGGCGGUUGUGAGGGGAACAAGGUGGGGGAGCUGGGGUCUACCUGGCUGCCCUCAGCCUCCUGUCCAGUUGUGGCCAUUUGUAAGUUCUGACUGUGCUCCAGGAUCCAAUGAAGAAUCCCAAGGCCAAUCUGAGCUGAGACUGCUCCUGUGAGAGACUCGGCCCCCAGAGGUACAGGCCAGGCUCUUGGGAGGGGCCUCGUCCCGCAGGACCCAACUUACCUGAUGGAGGAGGGAGUCGAUACUGUACAUUGUCUCGAUGCCUGUUUUUUAUGUUCUCCUUUCACUAAGGGUUUUUAGUUUGGGUUUAUUUUUGGUUGGGUUGGCACUAAUCCUUUUCUUAAGAUGCUGUGAGAACCAUUUCAUCCAAAUGCCAAAUAAAUUUGUGUUCUGGAA